AGGCAGGUUGGCAUCCACAAAAGGCUGCCCUCUACGCCGCGCACACCUCGGGCCAGGACGGUAGACGCCAGUAGACGCUACCCCGGGACCGGACCAGUGCCGCCGCUAGACGCAGCACCCCUGGGAACGCCGGCCGAGGCUGCCCCAGACCAGUGUGCCACCAGACCCUGCGCCGGCGGACGCGCCGCCGCCCGCGCGCCACGCCCGCGCGCCAUCGAAACCAAGAUGCCGCUACGCUCACCCAAACCCAGCAUUAGAGAAAUGAAAAAGGCCAUCAUAGACGCCGGCCUGGAGACCGAGGACCUCGUGGAGCGGUCGCAUGUGGAGGAGCGCUACGAGGAGGCGCUCGCAUUGCAGCCCCGCGAGGUCGAUGAAUCGUCGAGCAAGGCCAAGGGCAUGGCCCAGGCCGCAGCACUCCAGAAAAAGGCGUCCGAACCUCCGAAGGCGCGCCCGCCCGCGCCGAACGAGAGCGGCUGGUGGCGCAUGGAGGACCUGUCCAAGGCCUUCAAGAAGUACUCCGAGGACCCCAGCGCGCCCGAGGCCAACUACUUCAUGGGCAAGGCCCUGCAGAUGGCGGGCCAGGCGGACCAGGCCGACGAGCAGUAUUCGCUAUUCUACGACCGGUGCGUCGCGAUCCACCAAAACAGAGACAAGGCCCUCAAGUUCUACGAGCAAAAGAUCCACAUCCUCAAGAAGAAGCAGGCCAAGACUCUGCUGCGGGGCGCGGAGCCGUCCGUCGAGGACGCGAAAAAGUUGGAGGACUACGAGAUGAUGGCCGCCUGCCUUCCAAGGGUCGAGGCGGAGCGGGCGAAGCGGCGGAAGAAGACGUGCGUGGUCUGCUAGUCUUGUAAUCUUGUGUUCGGUCGUA